AUGAUAAUGACGGUGGCGGCGGAUCAAGCGAUGAAGUAAUAAGUUCAGCGGAUGAAGAAUCCGGAGGUGAUGAUUCCUCGACGGUAAAAGAUAGUAAGAAGCAGAGAAAGAUAAACGAGUUAAAUUCAUCCAAUUCCAAGAGUGGAAGUUCCACUUACGUUCAGAAUAAUCAAAUGCAUUCUGGAACCUCGAAAACUCAACAACAAAAGUUUUGUGUAGUCGUGGUACCGCCACCUGAUCUCAAGGCUAUAAUCGAUAAGAUGUCUGCAUAUGUGGCAAAAAAUGGACAAUCUCUAGAAGCCAAAGUUCGAGAAAAACACAUAGAUGAUCCUCGAUUUAGCUUUUUAUUACCGUGGAAUGA